CCUGCUGCUGGCGCGCGCCCGGCCGUUCAGUCCCUAUCAGCGUCCUCAGCCGCUUCCCUCGUCUCACCGUAGCCCUCCUCGACUCCGCACCGACGUCUCUGCGAUCGGGGCGCAGCGGGAGCCGAAGCCGGAGCCGCUGAGCGGCGGAACCAUGGAGCCCUGAGCCGGCGAUCACACCCGGGCCCCUGUGCGCCCGCGCUCCCGCUUCCCUGCUGUCCGCCCGCCCGCCCUCCGCGGCUGGAAGGGGAGACUGCGCCGCCGACACAGGUUGUCUUGUGGACAUGCCCAUGUGAGGACGAGUUGUCUACUGCACAGAAGAUGGGAUCGAACAGCAGCAGGAUCAGUGACCUUCCUAAAAAUGAGUACUUAAAAAAGCUAUCAGGCACUGAGUCUAUCUCUGAAAAUGACCCCUUCUGGAAUCAGCUCUUUUCGUUUUCUUUUACUGCACCAACCAGCAGAUGUGAGAUUGUCAGUAAGAGUGGUCAAUUGGCAGUUUCAAUUUGGCAUUCUAUAAAUGAUAUGAUAUGCUCAGUGUUAACUAUUUUAAUACUUUUCUUGUCUCUUGCAGUUGAAAACAACCCUCGAACGGGAAAUCUUGGCGCCUUAACUAAGGUCUUCCUUUCCAGAACGAGAGAGCUCAGGCUUUCAGCAGAAUGCCAGAACCACAUCUUCAUCUGGCAGACACAUAAUGCUUUGUUUAUUAUCUGCUGUCUGCUAAAAGUGUUCAUCUGCGAGAUGUCUGAGGAGGAGCUACAGCUUCAGUUCAUGUAUGAAGAAAAGUCUCCCGGCAGUUACAGUUCUAACUCUGAAGAUCUUUUGGAAGAAUUGCUCUGCAGCUUGGUGCAGUUAAUCACUGAUACUCCACUCUUAGAUAUUACAUAUGACAUAUCGGUGGAGGCGAUCUCAGCAAUGGUUGUCUUCCUGUCCUGCCAGCUCUUCCACAAGGAGGUCUUGCGACAGAGCAUCAGUCACAAGUAUUUGAUGCAAGGUCCAUGUCUUCCCUACACCAGCAAACUUGUGAAAACCUUGCUUUACAACUUUAUCAGACAAGAAAAACCACCUCCACCCGGAACCCAUGUUUUCCCUCCACAGUCGGAUGGGGGAGGGCUGCUGUAUGGACUGGCAUCAGGAGUAGCAACUGGUCUCUGGACUGUCUUCACGCUCGGCGGGGCGAGCAGCAAAACAACUGCCUCUCCAGAACUUACUUCCCCUCUGGCCAACCAGAGUCUCCUUCUUCUGCUGGUGCUGGUGAACCUGACAGAUGCUCCAGAUACACCAAACCCUUACAGACAAGCCGUCACGUCCUUUAAGAACACGCAAGACAGCAGUCCUUUCCCGUCGUCCAUCCCACACGCCUUCCAGAUUAACUUCAACAGUCUGUACACAGCCCUCUGUGAGCAGCAGUCCGAUCAAGCCACACUCCUCCUGUACACUCUGCUCCACCAGAACAGCAACGUCAGGACGUACGUGUUGGCUCGAACAGAUAUGGAAAACCUUGUUUUACCAAUUCUUGAGAUUCUGUAUCAUGUUGAGGAAAGAAAUUCACACCAUGUAUAUAUGGCCCUUAUAAUACUGUUGAUCCUUACAGAAGAUGACGGCUUCAAUAGGUCCAUCCAUGAAGUGAUAUUAAAAAACAUUACUUGGUAUUCAGAACGAGUCUUAACUGAAAUUUCCCUGGGGAGUCUCCUAAUUCUGGUCGUAAUAAGAACGAUACAGUACAAUAUGACCAGGACUAGAGACAAGUACCUGCACACAAACUGCUUGGCAGCUUUAGCAAACAUGUCAGCACAGUUCCGUUCUCUCCAUCAGUACGCCGCCCAGAGGAUCAUCAGUUAUACCUGCCGCCACUUGCGGAGAUAUGUCUAUGUGUUGGACAAACUAUAUUUCCCCCACUCUCACUGUUCCACGCUUCAGCAUUGCUUCUCGACCCUCAGUGACAAUGGAGAGGAACUCUUGUCUUUAACUUGCUCUCACAUUCUCAGAUCCUAUGCUUCCAGUUUGUUUUCUUUGCUGUCUAAAAAACACAACAAAGUUCUGGAACAAGCCACCCAGUCCUUGAGAGGUCCCCUGAGUUCCAGCGACGUUCCUCUCCCGGAUUAUGCACAGGACCUCAGUGUCAUCGAAGAAGUGAUCCGAAUGAUGCUGGAGAUCAUCAACUCCUGCCUGACGAAUUCACUCCACCACAACCCAAACCUGGUGUAUGCCUUACUCUACAAACGGGACCUCUUUGAGCAAUUCCGAACCCAUCCUUCGUUUCAAGAUAUAAUGCAAAAUAUUGACCUGGUGAUCUCCUUCUUUAGCUCAAGGCUGCUACAAGCUGGAGCUGAGCUGUCAGUGGAAAGAGUCUUGGAAAUUAUUAAACAAGGGGUCGUGGCGCUGCCCAAAGACAGACUAAAGAAAUUCCCAGAACUGAAGUUCAGAUAUGUGGAAGAGGAGCAGCCUGAAGAGUUUUUCAUCCCUUACGUCUGGUCUCUGGUCUACAACUCAGCAGUAGGCCUGUACUGGAACCCGCAGGACAUCCAGCUGUUUGCCAUGGACUCUGACUGAAGCCGGACACACCCACGCCCACCCCCAGUGCUGCAGCUCUGCUGGUUCCUUCAUGUCUAGGAGCAGAAGCAGACAGACUGCCGGUGUGUCUUCUGCCACAGAGGGGCACAAGGCGUGCUCCCCUCUCACACUGAGGAUCGGGAAAUUGCUGCCAGUUAGUAGGUCGCUCGGCUUUGACUGUACUGCAGGGGGGUGCCCAGUAAUAAACAGAGAACUCGCUGUU